GCGAGUAGCGUGUGCGGUCGAGACUGUGGAUGCGCAGGUCCGACCUGGGAAUAGUAACGAGUGACUGGACUCAAACCCCAAACGACUGACUGAACAUUGACAUCACUAACCAGACUUCCUUCGCAUCGGUGACGAAGAUGCCGGCGCUCGUAACAAAAAACUCCGAUCUGGAGUUUGACUCCUUGCAGCCAUGCUUUUAUCCAGACGAAGAUGACUUCUACUUCUGUGGGCCGCCCAGCGAGGACAUCUGGAAGAAAUUUGAACUCUUACCUACGCCUCCCCUCUCCCCGAGCCGGGCAGCUCUUCCCGGGGCGACGGGAGACAUGGUCUCAGUGGCGGGGGUCGACACCUCGUUACCCCUGGGGCUUGGAUUAACGGAUCCCAUGGACUGGGCGUCUGAGCUCCUCUUGCUUCCGGAGGAUGACAUUUGGGGAGCGUCCGAGGGCGACCUUUUCGGCUCAGCCCUGGAUUCUGCCGGCGACAACUCCAUCAUCAUUCAGGACUGUAUGUGGAGUGGCUUUUCGGCUCGGGAGAAACUCGAGAGGGUGGUUAGCGAGAAGCUGGCCAUGGGCAAAUCGGCAACGGCGAGCCCAGCUACCGGGCAGGAGGCGUGCAGUACUAAAGCCACAGCCGGGGGCGUCACCGCACCAGCAGCCGCGACAGUUGAGCUGAACAGCUCCAUAUCAGAGUGCGUGGAUCCCGCGGUGGUGUUCCCUUUCCCCGUCCACAAAAGACAGAGUGUCUGCAAGUUGACAACGGGAGGCCAAACGGGGACGGUCACCUCGCCCCCUGUCACCCAUGCCCUGGACGACACUUUCAGUGACUCCGAUGACGAUGAUGACGACGAAGAUGACGAGGAUGAUGAUGAUGAUGACGAGGAGGAGGAAGAUGAGGAGGAGAUCGACGUGGUAACAGUGGAGAAGCGGCGUUCAGCGUGGUCGAGCGCAGCAGGGGCCGUGGGCAGUAAGCCGCCCAUGGAGCUGAUCCUGAAGCGCAGCGCUGCCGCCAGCCUCCACCAGGAGCAGCACAACUACGCCGCGCCCUCCCCUUACGCCUCCUCUUCAGACUCCUCCGCAGGCGCUGCCGCCAUGUUGUCCGCUCCCCCCAGCAAACGCCACAAGACAGACCACCACCACCGCCUCAAGCCGGCCUCUCCCACCGCCGCCACCGCUCCUAACGGCUUAACGUCAUCGUCGUCCUCGACGACGGGCUCUUCGUCCUCAUCGGGGUCGUCCUCCGGUCGGCAUCGGCGGGGCGCAGAGGCGAGCGGCAGCAGUCCACCCCGCGGCGGCUGUGGCUCCGGCGACUCCUCGGACGACAUGGAGCGCCGGCGCAACCACAACAUCCUGGAGCGCCAGCGCCGCAACGACCUGCGCUCCAGCUUCCUGACGCUGCGCGACGAGCUGCCGGAGCUGGCCAGCAACCACAAGGCCGCCAAGGUGCUGAUCCUGAAGAAGGCAGCUGAGUACGUGGGCACGCUGGAGGGCCAGCAGCGCCGGCUGCUGCAGGAGAAGGACAGGCUGGCGGCGCGCAGGCAGCAGCUGCUGCGGCGGCUCGAACAGGCCCAGCGGACACGCUAACUAACGCCAAGGCAUUCACGGCGAAUGGACAGGCUAAGCUAGCUAAGUUGAGCUAAGCUAAGCUAGCCGUUAGCACAGCUCUACCAACCUACUAUACCCAUGGCUUCAAGUGAACUCUUAACUAGCUACCAGGAGGCUAGUGUGUCACUCCACAGUUAACUGCUAGCUGCUGGUGGGAAGCUAACAAUGACACUCAUGAGCUAUUCUGUUUUUCUGACAGCAAAAAAAACAGACUCUUCUUUCAGCAGGGACGUUACCUGAGUUCAAUAAUCAGAUGCCACCCAAUUUGGUGUUGUAUGAAUUGAGUCUGAGUGUGUUUAGUGUGUGUGUGUGUGUGUGUGUGUGUGUGUGUGUGUGUGUGUGUGUGUGUGUGUGUGUGUGUGUGUGUGUGUGUGUGAGUGUGUGUGUGCCUGGAAACCUGUGCAAAAAUCUACAGUAUGUGAACUCUGUACAGAGAGGGACUGUCUCUUGAAAGCUAAGGGGCAUAGCGCUAACCUGGUAGCAGCCACUGCCUGAUGUCAAAGCAGAGGAACACUAGAAACCUAGCUGUUGGGACUCAAAACUCACUGCCGCCACUUUCUUUGCACAUUUUUUUAGACGUCAAGAAUGUUCAGGGUUUUACUUUUUAAUCCACUCCGGAGAAGAACAAAAAACAAUACAAAAAGCAAAAUGAGAGAGAGAGAGAGAGAGAGAGAGAGAGAGAGAGAGAGAGAGAGAGAGAGAGAGAGGCAGAAGGAAAAAGAGGUGAUGGUCGCUUAUCAGGUUGAUCUUUAGGCUUGAUUAAUGAAGCAUUGAUCCAAUUUUAGCACGUGUUGUUUGGUGUUUUCUCUUUUUAUAUUAAUGGAACCUUUAACAAGCAUGGCCUGACUGAGUGAGACUGCGUGGAUAUGAGAGGAUGAAUGAACUUACCAGCACUCCUUUAAUAACACACGCACACACACACACACACACACACACACACACACACACACACACACACACACACACACACACACACACACACACACACACACACACACACACACACACAUGCUGCACACGCACACACAUACGCACAUACACACUGCAUUGAUGCUGUUGGCUUUCUGAUGCAAUUCAGCCACUAGGCAUCAUUCAGUUUAUACAUACCCUACAUACACUAAUAAAGAUGCACUCUCUCCCCCCCUCUCCCUCUCUUAUGUCACCUCUUUUCCAC